AUGGAUUAGGUAGGUAAUAUUCCUAAAUGGUUUGCAAUAGGAGUUAUACUAGUCUUUACUGGAUAUAUAGCAAUAGUCUAUGAUGUUAUUUUCUUAAGAUAUCUGCUUUAGCAAAAUACAAUUCUUGGAGUAAUUGGAGUAGUUGUUUUUAAUCUAUUUGGAUUUUUUACAUACAAAAGUUAUUACUUAACAAUCACUACAUCCCCUGUUUUUAAUGCUGGAUAUAUAAAUGAGGAAUAUAGAGAUUAACUAGAAUAAAUAAAAUUAUAUGCAAAAAAAUCAAACGCAAUUAUUCAUACAAGAAGAUUGAGGAAAAAUAGAUUCCUUUUUGAUACUUCUUAGAUUAGAUAGCAAUAGUUAGCUUACUGUGAUGAUAUAACUGAUUUAUUUGAUAAUCAAUAAAAUUUAAAUUAGUAAAAUAAUGAUUAAGGAUAAGCUUCAUAAGUUUAGUAGGGAGAUGCAGGCAAUAGAUAAAAAAUGAGCUACGUUAAUGAGCCAAACGAAGAUGUAGAGAACAGAAGAGCUUAAAUAUAACAAAAUUAAAACCAAGAUAUAACAAUCAGUCAAUAGAAUAACAGCUAAAAUGCAAUUAUAUUUACUGAAGAAGAAUAUAAAAAUUUCGAUGUAUAUAAUGAUUUGACUUAAAUCAAAUAUUGUUUCAAAUGCUAAUCUGUUAAACCUCCAAGAGUGCAUCACUGUAAAAUUUGUAAUAGAUGCAUUAACAGAAUGGAUCAUCAUUGUCCAUGGGUUGCUAAUUGUGUAGGAAAGCAGAAUUAAAAAUAUUUCACAAUAUUUCUUCUUUAUGGAAGUUUGUGUGGGUUGAUAGUUAGUUUAUCAGUGUUUAUUGAUUUUAUGUUUUUCAAUCAAGUCAUCUUAAAAUAAACGACUGACUACGAACACUAAAAUUUAACUGUUGCCGGAUCUGCAAGCUUCCCAGCAUUUUUAGUAGCUUAUGGAUUAUUUUUGUACUAAAUAGUAAUUGGUUGCAGAAAUUUGACAACUUUGGAAGCAAAUAUAGAUGGAAUGUAUACUGAAAAAAAUCCUUUUAGAAAAUCUUCAAAUAUUGAAAAUAUGAAAGAAAUAUUUGGUGAAAAAAUACUAUAUUGGUUUAUUCCAAUUCAAGAGGUGGUUGACAAAGAAAAAAAAGAAGGGUUUAUAUAACUUGUUAGAGACUGA